UCGCACCGCCGCUUGACGUUGUUGUUGUAGGAUUGAGUUUGUCGCUGUCGCUCCGGUUCGGAUCUCAUCCUGAACUUGCUCCUCGGAACCGGCUGGAAAAGUUGUGAAGCGUGGAUGCGGGAGAGCGGGCCGCCGCGGAGCAGCUGCAGCCGGCUGGACGCGUCCCGGGGACCAUGUGAAGUCCGCCGCAGGCCGCUGAAGGUGUGGCUGCUCCCCCUGCUGGCAGAGCCGCUGCUCUACACCUGCUGACUUCAUGAUCACAUGACCGGGGACAUGGACGCUGUCCUGUCCGACUUUGUCCGUUCCACUGGAGCCGAACCGGGACUGGCCCGGGACCUGCUGGAGGGGAAGAACUGGGACUUCACCGCCGCCCUCAGCGACUUCGAGCAGCUGCGACAGGUGCAUGCUGGGAGCCUGACGUACUCCCUGGCGGAGGAGCCCACGUUCCGGCCGUCGGAGAAGGACCCGGUCCGGGGGGGGCGGCCCGUCCUGCACCGCCAGGAAGAGGUGGUCCAAGCCACGGAGAAGCGUCUGUCCAGAGGCAUCUCUCACGCCAGCUCCAGCAUCGUGUCCCUGGCCCGGUCCCAGGUGUCCUGCAGCAGCGAGCCCCUGCUGGACACGCCCCUCUGCACCUUCCAGCUGCCCGACCUCACGCUGUACCGCCACGACUUCCGCGGCUUCGUGGAGCGAGACCUGAUCGAGCAGUCCAUGAUGCUGGCCCUGGAGCACGCAGGUCGUCUGAACUGGUGGUCUAAGGUGGUCCCGUCCUGCCAGAGUCUUCUCCCUCUGGCCACCAGCGGAGACGGGAACUGUCUGCUUCACGCAGCGUCUCUGGGAAUGUGGGGUUUCCAUGACCGGGACCUGAUGCUGCGGAAGUCUCUGUACUCCCUGAUGGACCACGGUCCAGAGACCGAGGCUCUGAGGCGCCGCUGGAGGUGGCAGCAGACCCAGCAGAACAAGGAGUCGGGGCUGCUCUACACGGAGGACGAGUGGCAGAAGGAGUGGAACGAGUUGCUGAAGUUGGCGUCCAGUGAGCCCAGAAUCCACUUCAGCACCAACGGGACCAGCGGGGCGGAGUCUUCAGACGAACCGGUCUACGAGAGUCUGGAGGAGUUCCACGUCUUCGUUCUGGCCCACGUUCUUAGGAGACCCAUCGUGGUGGUGGCCGACACCAUGCUGAGGGACUCGGGAGGGGAGGCCUUCGCCCCCAUCCCCUUCGGAGGGAUCUACCUUCCCCUGGAGGUUCCGGCCGCCAGGUGCCACCGGUCCCCCCUGGUUCUGGCCUACGAUCAGGCCCACUUCUCGGCCCUGGUGUCCAUGGAGCAGAGGGACGGCGGCAGAGACCAGGUCGUGAUCCCGCUCACCGACUCGGAGCACAAGAUGCUGCCGCUGCACUUCGCCGUGGAUCCUGGGAAGGACUGGGAGUGGGGCAAAGACGACCACGACAACGUGAUGCUGGCCAGCGUGGCGUUAUCUCUGGAGGCCAAACUGCAGAUGCUGCACAGCUACAUGACGGUCAGCUGGCUGCCGCUGCCCUGCGAGCAGGCUCCUCUCGCUCAACCCGAGUCUCCGACGGCGUCGGCGGGCGAGGACGCCCGGACGCCUCCGGACUCCGGCGAGUCGGACAAGGAGUCGGUCAGCAGCAGCUCCAACGGCAAUGGAGACGCGGCGGCGGCCAACGGCGGCCCGCCACCCAAGAACGGGUCCUCGUCCUCGUCCGGCUCGGGCGGCGGCGGCGGCUCGGCCGGGAAGGACAAGAGUAAGAAGGACAAGGACAAGAAGCGCGCCGACUCGGUGGCCAACAAGCUGGGCAGCUUCGGGAAGAGUCUGGGCAGCAAGCUGAAGAAGAACGUGGGCGGGCUGAUGACGGGGAAGGGCGCGGCGGCGGCGGCGGCGGGCGGCGCCGAGAAGAAGAAGGGCUCCUUCAGGGGCAGGAAGGGCAGCAAGGAGGGCUCGCCGUCCGCCCACGCCUCCGAGGACUCCGGGAAGGGCUCGCCGUCGUCCGGCAGCGAGCGCCUCAACGGCACGGGCGGCAGCACGAGCAGCGGCGGCAGCAGCACCGACAGCGACGGCUGCAAGUACGGCGCCGACGUGAAGGUGAGCCUGGGCAUCCUGCGAGCCGCCAUGCAGGGCGACAGGAAGUUCGUCUUCUCGGCGCUGCUCACCGCCUCCAGCCGCCAGCCCUUCCAGGAGGAGAUGAUCCAGCGCUACCUGGCCGACGCCGAGGAGCGCUUCCGGGCGGAGCAGGAGCAGCAGCGCCGCGACGCCGAAAGGAGGGGCGUGGCCAACGGGGCGCCGCCCCCCCGGAAGGAAGCGGCCGAGCCGGGCCACCGGCCGCACGACGCCAAAGAGGAGCCGUGCGACGGCGAUCCGCCCGGGCCGGCCCCCCCGGGCCCCUCGCCGUUCUCCGCCGCCGCGCCCCUCCCUCGCGCCUCCUUCAUGGACCCGCCCCCCCUCGCCCCGCUCCACCCGGACGCCCGGCGGCAGCUGGCCGGCGGCUCCCCGGCCGCCUCCUACCCCGGCCUGCCCCCGUACGCCACCCUCCCCCGACACUGCCCCGCCCCCCCGGGCCCCGCCCACCCCCAGUACUCCGGCUGCUCCCUGAGCCCCCCGCGGCUCCCGCCCUGCUACCCCCCCGACUUCGACCCGCCGGACUACCCCGGGUCCGAACCCUACGCCAACGGCUUCAGGGACCCGGGGGCCUCGCUGCCCCCCCUCAGACACUACUCCCUGGGCAGCGCCGGCGCCCUGCAGCCCGGACCCCCCCGCUGCCGGACCCCCAGCUGCACCUACUACGGACACCCCGAGACGGGGAACUACUGCUCCUACUGCUACCGCGAGGAGCUGAAGAGGAGGGAGGCGGAGCCCGCCGUGCACCGCUUCUGAGGCGUCCGGCGGUCCGGUUCUGAGAGGUCCCGUGGACCGGUUCGGACCGGUUCUGACGGGACCAGAAGCACGGCGGGCGGCUUCCAUGAGUGGCCUUUACACAUCAGAACAGAGACUCCAUGAUGGAGGUGGCGCAGAACCAGCAGGGCGGAGUCUGGGCGGAGUCUGGGCGGAGUCUGGGCGGACACAGCUCGCCCCGCCUCCUGAUAAAACACUAAACUGCACUUCUCUGACUUAGUGCUCUUGUCGUUGCUGUGGCUGUGUGCAGGUGUGUGUGCGAGUGUGUGUGUGUGUGUGUGUGUGUGUGUGUGUGUGUGUGUGUGUGUGCAAUGUAUCCAGCAGGAGUCAUCUCACACAUACACACACUCUCUCUCCCUCGAUGCACAAGCUCUCGUUCCCCUCGGAGGUGUUGUUCCGAUGUUUGGAAAGACGGCGGCCUUUGCUGGAUUAGCGCCGCGCUCCGCAGGCUGCUGUGCUGCUACUGGUUCAGAACGCUACGGUUUGGCUCCGCCCCUCUGGUCGACACGUUCCGUCACUCAGAUGUCAAACGCCGUCCGACGUCGGUUCUUCUGGCUUCCGAUCGGAUCACAAACGGAGCGGCGGCACCGUCAGGAGCUGGAGUCACUCACCCUGCCAUCCCGAGUCUUCCUGUUCCUGUAGCUGGUUAGCGCUGAUCAGCGCCGGCUAGUAGCAGUUAGCGCUGAUCAGCGCCGGCUAGUAGCAGUUAGCGCUGAUCAGCGCCGGCUAGCAGCAGUUAGCGCUGAUCAGCGCCAGAGGCCGAUGGCUUCUCCAGAAAUCUAAAGCUCCUCCCACUUUCUACUUAAAUCAUCCAAGAAAAAAGCCUUUAAUCUGAAGUGGGCCCUCCGGGAGCCGACGGGUCGGGUGUAAUUCCCCCUCCUGCCAGCAGAUGCCGCAGCGCCAGCAGUGCUCCUGCCACCGUUAACGGAACUUCAGGUUUAUCUUCCUCCAAGGGUCUGAACGUUGACCUCUUCAGGUUUCUCACAGUGAGCAACACGUUCUGCAGCUGCUGUAAAAAAAACAAAACAAAAAAUAACUCCUAAAAUGUUGGUUUGAGGUCAAGCUGAUGGGACGAGGCUAAUGCUAACUAGCGUUACCAUCCUGAGGAAUGUAGAGCAACUUCAACUCCACAUUACACAUUAAUCAUGUGAAGCUGGAGCCCAACUCGCAUGAGCAUUAGCGCAGCUCCAGUUAGCAUUAGCGCAGCUCCAGUUAGCAUUAGCACUGUGAUGAACGUUGAUCUGGAAACCAAACACUGCAGACAGCUUCACGUCAUGAUGGAGAUAUCUGAGAUUCAUGCAGACUUCAAGCUCUACCUGUAGCUUUAGCUGUAGCUUUAGCUUUAGCAUUAGCUUUGGCUUUAGCACCACUUUCCAAACACUGAUAGAGAAAAGUGGAGCACUGGAAAAAGAAAACACUAAACACAAACAAAACCUGGAAGUGAAGAGCUGGUCCCGGUCGUCCCAUUAGCAUUAGCUCACAGGUAGCGCUAGCACAGCUAUGCGUUCACCAGCAGCGAGCUCCACCCGUCAGCCUGUGGUGGAGCUGAAGGAAGUAGCGUUAGCAUGACCUCAGAGCCACAUUCUCAAAGCUAAUGCUAUUAGCACCUAGCAUGUGUCAUUUGACACCUGGCUCACAGUUUGUCGGCACCCGUUAGCAUUAGCACGUCUCUUCUGCAGCCCGGUGAUGGAGAGGAAGAGGCGGAGCUUCAGCCUUCAUGCUAACAGGAGAACCAGCCACGUUCUGUCUUGAUGGAACCCAAACCUCCUGCCGCCCCCUGCUGCUAGCGCUAGCUUUAACGUUAGCAUUAGCACGGUCCUCAGCCGCUCAAAACAGGAAGUCAGGUUCUCCUCCUGCAUCAGUCGCUGUUCACACGAAUCCAGCACUUUGAUGGAGUCAGUGACGAUCUGAAGAGUCAGACCUCCACCUGCUCCACUUCCUGCUCCUCCACCUGCUCCACUUCCUGCUCCUCCACCUGCUCCACUUCCUGCUCCACUUCCUGCUCCUCCACCUGCUCCACUUCCUGCUCCACUUCCUGCUCCACUUCCUGCUCCUCCACCUGCUCCACUUCCUGCUCCUCCACCUGCUCCACCCAGAGACUCCGUGUCCAAUUUGUGUCCUUGAUGCCUUUUUUCAUCAUUUUGUCUCCGUACUGAUCCCGAUCCUGAUCCGGUUCCUGUCUGGAUCCGGAUCUGGUCUGGGAGAGCUCAGCUGGGAUGUGACGUUGCUGCUGCACAUUUGAAAGAAGUUGUUUUAUGAGGAACCUCUUUUAUUGUGAAAGGAUCCUGGAUCCAGGAUCCUGCUGCUGUUCUCCGCAGAACCCGCCCCCUCCCACAGCUGGCUGCAGUUCACUGCCUCAGCCGCCAGAGGGCGCUGGCGCUUCUCUGUUGUCUCCUCAAAGCAGAGCAACCAGAAUGUGAAGGUGAGGUUCUGGAAGGUUCUGCUGGCGGCGCCCGACAGGUCCGGGUUCUGGAAGGUUCUGCUGGCGGCGCCCGACAGGUCCGGGUUCUGGAAGGUUCUGCCGGCGGCGCCCGACAGGUCCGGGUUCUGGAAGGUUCUGCUGGCGGCGCCCGACAGGUCCGGGUUCUGGAAGGUUCUGCCGGCGGCGCCCGACAGGUCCGGGUUCUGGAAGGUUCUGCUGGCGGCGCCCGACAGGUCCGGGUUCUGGAAGGUUCUGGAAGGUUCUGCCGCUCCGCUCCUUUAUUUUUCUAAGUUUUCCAGAGUUUUCAAAACAGAAAUAAAAAGUGAGAAUGAAUGAAGAGUUGAGAGGGGCGGGGCGGGGGCGGGGCCAAGGUGGGGGCGGGGCUCUCCGAGCAAUGUUUAUAUUUAUAGGUCGAUUUUUUCAUGAGGGGGUGUGGUCUGAGCUGGUUUUGUAAACUUUGUGUUUCUACGGUAACGAUCUCCUGCGAGUCAAUAAAACUCUGAAACCCGA